GGGCCUUCAGACGGGUUACAACCUCACAUGCCGAGUAGACCCCGACGGGUCGGCGAUUAACUGGCAUGUUCGUAGAUUCUGCCCUGAAGAGAUGCACGGCAGAGAACAGGCAGAACCUUCUCAACACGCUCGCGGGACUAGUGGCCAACAUACCGCAGGUCUCGGGCUGUAUUCGACUGGAGGAUUUUAAGGAACAGCUUUCGUCGCCCCAAUUGCAGCUGUACUUUGAGGAGAUGGACCUCACCACGGACGAGGCCGAGGCGCUGUUUCACCUUCUGGAUUUUGAGAAGACCGGUGCCAUUGACGCCGAACAGUUCGUCAUGGGAUGCAUUCGCAUCCAUGGAGCUGCGAAGGCAAUCGAUCUGGUGACUCUCAUGUCCGAGGUGCAUUUGCUCCAUCGCCGCUGGGAAGCUCACGCGACCUUUGUUGAGCAGGAGCUCCAAGCGCGGGGCAGCCCCGUCUCCCCGUACAUGAUGCUCGACGGCAGUGUAGCAUCCCCGUUGAGGCCGUCCUCUCUGAGAACUUCCCCGCUGAAGAUUUCCCCAUUAAGAACUCCGCUCACGCCCCCGCUAGAGAAGGCCGAGAGUGGAAUCAUUGAUGAUUGAGCGUUUUUCAUUCGCACAGCAUGUACAGAAAGCCUUCUGGGGUUAGGCGCGGUGUGUUAUGCUACGGCCUGAUUGGUGCUGCUGUUGAUGUUUUGCAGUCGCGCAGUCGGCAUAUUGUAGUAAUUGCCGCGAGUGUCCCUCUUCAUAUUCCUGGCUACUCCA